UAGGGGAUUGCUCUUCUCAGCUGGGUGUUGGGGUGAAGUCUGUCUCCCCCUGUCUGCCUGGCCUCUCAGCAUUGGGGCUAGUGGGUGUCAAGCAGGCCCCCUGGCAGUGCUGACUUGCCCAACCAAAAGGUUUCCAAAUGCUCCUGUCACUGCCCGAGUCGUGAGUAGCCUAUGGCUUGAAAUGAGCAGCAUGGACUCCUAUAAAGUGAUGCUGGAUGGGCCGGCGCCCUGGGGGUUCAGGCUGCAGGGGGGCAAGGACUUCAACAUGCCCCUCUCCAUCUCCAGGCUGACCCCUGGUGGCAAGGCAGCCCAGGCCGGCGUGGGAGUGGGCGACUGGGUGCUGAGCAUCGAUGGGGAGAACACCAGUAGCAUGACUCACAUCGAAGCGCAGAACAAGAUCCGCGCCUGCGGAGACCAGCUUUCCCUCAGCCUGAGCAGAGUCCAGUGCCUCCUGGGGAAGCCACACAAGGAGUCAUUCCCCUGCUCUCAGCCCCCGAAGUAUAACUUCGUUCCUAGCACCACCCUCAACAAAACGGCCCGGCCCUUCGGGGCCAGCCCCACGCCCAACUCGCUGCCUGGGCUGGUGACGAAACCUGUGACGUACACGGCCCCCGCCUGCACCCCCCAGCACAAUGGGUGCAGAACCUUGACAAGUCAGGUCGGUGCCAGCCCCAGCCUGCCAGAGGGGAAAACUCAGCCCCGUGGAGACCUGGGCCGCUCCUACAUGGAGGAUGAGCACGCUCUGCGGCUAAUGAGCCCCCCCACCGGCCUGCCCAAUGACUCCAGCAAAAAGCGUCUGGUUGAGGAUACGGAGGACUGGCAGCCUCGCACUGGCACAACCCAGUCCCGCUCCUUCCGCAUCCUGGCCCACCUCACGGGCACUGAGUUCAUGCAAGAUCCAGAUGAUGAGCAUGUUAGAAAAGCCAGCCAGGUGUCUGGGCUGGACCCGUCUGCGGUGGCAGUGCUGAAGGUGGAGCCUGAUCCAGGUUCGGCAGCUCCCAGGCCCCCAGCUGCUCCGGGCCCUGCCAGCCGCCCCCCCUGGGCUGUGGACCCCUCCUUUGCUGAGCGCUAUGCGCCCGACAAGACCAGCACCGUGCUGAGCAAACACAGCCAGCCGGCCAUGCCCACGCCCAUGCAGAACCGCAGCUCCAUCGUCCAGGCCGCACAGCAGCCCCCCGAGGGCACCAGCAAAACCCCCAUCUGCUACCAGUGCAACAAGGUCAUCAGGGGACGCUACCUGGUGGCCCUGGGGCAUUACUACCACCCGGAGGAGUUCGCAUGCUGCCAGUGCAGGAAGGUGCUGGAUGAGGGGGGCUUCUUUGAGGAGAAGGGCUCGGUCUUCUGCCCCAAGUGCUACGACAUGCGCUAUGCCCCCAGCUGUGCCAAGUGCAAGAAGAAGAUUGGUGGGGAGAUCAUGCAUGCGCUGAAGAUGACGUGGCACGUGCAGUGCUUCACCUGCGCUGCCUGCAGAACUCCCAUCCGCAACCGCGCCUUCUACAUGGAGGAGGGGCAGCCCUACUGCGAGAGAGACUACGAGAAGAUGUUUGGCACAAAAUGCCGUGGCUGUGACUUCAAGAUUGAUGCUGGUGACCGGUUCCUGGAGGCGCUGGGAUUCAGCUGGCAUGACACCUGCUUCGUCUGUGCGAUCUGCCAGGUCAGCCUGGAAGGGAAGACGUUCUACUCCAAGAAGGACAAACCCCUCUGCAAGAGCCAUGCCUUCUCCCAUGUUUAAGGGGAGGCUCCCGCUGCCACACUGCACACGUUGGCCCUGCACACACCUGUCUCUGCCCCUUCUCUUGCUCCAUGGGGCCCCAGGCAGCAGGGGCUGGAGCUGCCACUCCCUCUGCUGCUUCUGGCCUGGGCAGCGCCCUGCUCUGGCCUGCCUGGGCGGCAAAGCAGAGCCUGCUGCUCUCUUGCCCCUCAAUGGCCGGUCUUCUGUCUGGACUAUCUUCUCUACCCCUGUGGUGUCUCACCUGGGCCUGCAGGGGGACCAGGCAGUGCUGGGGCCACCUGUCCCCUCCCUUCUGUACCCACAGCCAAUGGAGCCAGGCACCUCCCCUGGGGGCUGGACCUGUCCCAUGCUGAGCCCAAGAGUGGGAGAGGCUUGCUGGAGCAGGGCUGCUCUGACCUUACAGGGUGGCCAGCUGGAUCCACCGUCUUCCCCCGCCC